AUGGAGAACGAAAGAAAGCUUGCAGCAUUUUCCGAGUAUUCCGAUAUCUUCAAGCAUGUAAAUGCAUUCGGUAGCUAUCAGAAGAAGUUUGUAUUCGGGAUUUCCUUGGUAUUCACUGGGCAAGGAUUGGUUAUUGGACACCUUAAGUUUGUUACAGGAACUCCCAAGUUUCAGUGCUCAACUCCUAAUGUAUCGUGUGGAGGUAUCAAUAAAUGUUGUACAAACUGUACAUCUUAUGAAUUCGAUCCUUUGUUCACUACCGUCGUCUCUGAGUGGAAUCUGAUUUGUGAUCGAUCGUAUCUGGCAGCCAUUAUCCAGGCAUUGUUCUUUGUUGGUAUGCUGGUAGGGUCGUUCGUGUCUGGCAUGCUAUCUGACGCGUAUGGUCGGAAAACAGUCAGUUUUGGAGCACUUGGAUCAAUGGCUAUCAGUGGCAUUGCUCAAGCAUUCGUAAAGUCUUCUAUCGCACUUUUCGCUUUUCUUCGUUUUGCAACCGGAGCAUUCAUGAUCAGUGCYACAUUAUCCRCAUACAUCCUAAUGUUGGAGAUCAUUGGACCAGGCUACCGGGCUAGAAUGGGGAAUGUCAACACAUUUUAUUGGCUGGCUGGUGAUUUGGCAGCAAUACUUGUGUCAUAUUUCAUAAGAGAUUGGAGGACGUAUGUUUGGGUGUCGUGUCUACAUUCCUUCUUGUUGUACUUCUUUUGGUGUGCUAUACCAGAGUCCCCUCGCUGGCUCGUUGUUAAAGGCAAAGUAAAACAAGCCCACAAGAUCAUCAUGAAGUACGGUGGAAAAGACAACAAACCCUGUGAUCCUGAGGAGGUGAUGAGCUUGCUGAAAUCCAUUCAUCAAAGUCAAGUUGAGCAAAGUUUGGCAGCAAAGAGAUCCACUCCAUUAGAUCUUGUCCGUACACCAAAGCUGAGAAAAUGGACCAUCAUCACUUCCUUUGCAUGGUUUACCACUUCUUUUGUCUAUUUUGCAAUUWUGAUAUACGCGUCUCAGCUCCACGGCAGCAUAUACAUCAUCGUGCUGGGAUUUGCAGCAGUGUCUGCUCUCAUUAUUUUGCCCACUUGGUAUUCAAUGAAUCGYUUGGGGCGUCGUCUAACUCAGUGCACACAGAUGGCUUUGACUGGUGUAUUACUUCUGAUGAUCUUGACUUUCCCUGAAGGAUAUGCUACCACAACUACCUAUUUAGCUAUAGCUGGACAGUUAGUGAUAAACCAGAGCUGGAGYAGCGUGUACCUGAUAUCAUCAGAACUGUUUCCCACUAUCCUGAGAAAUACAGCACAGGGAGUGGGUUCAACUGCUGCUCGUGUCGGUGGGAUAGCUGCACCAUUCUUGCUAUUGUUGGCUCAAUUGCCUGGUUCAAGCAUCAUACUUCCUAUGACCAUAUUUGGAGCCUGUGCCAUUGCUUGCGCGAUUUCKUCUCUAUGGUUACCUGAGACAGCUUUGCGACCUCUCUACCAGACGACAGCAGAAGCUGAAGAGAAACCAGAGGAUUAUGGGAUACCAUUUCUCAAAAAUAAAGAGAAAUGCCUUGAGGAAAAUGAUCUUAUGCUAUCUGAAUAAUCAUGCAAAGUUUCAGCAGAUGAAAUAUACAAUCGUUAGGAAUAGAUUUGUAAAAUCACCGCUGGGCAUAAUUYAAAAUUUUUUAUUGCGUCUUUCCAAAUGUACAACAAUAUAKAAUUUGUUGAUACUACUUUUUCCUGUGUGUGUAUGAUUCUAUAUUUGAUUUACCUGUGUAAAAAAGAAUGAAAAAAGAUUAAAAAACACGUUUUAUACA